AUGGAGGUAGCAGGAAAGUCGGGAUCAUACUUUAUGGAUGUGGACUUUUGGGACAAUGAUGCUGGUUUCUCUACUGGGGCUUAUUCUGCCAGGAAUGGUGACAUCUUUAUUUUGUCUAGCAUAAAACCUGAAGCUGCAGAGGACUUAAACCGCCAUGGUGUCACAUAUUGCUUGGCAAUGGUCACUGAUGUUUCUAUGGAUGAUGAAUACCAGAAGGGCUUCAGAGUCAAAGUUGAAAAGAAUAUUGACUUGGAAGAAGACUUGAACAAACUCAAACAUGCAAUAUCUCUCAAUAAUAUCACCACAAACAUACGUAUAUGGAAAGCACUUACCUUUGGUGCACACAUGAAUGACAAUUUCACAAUAAUCAAGUCGCUCUUAGCCCCCACAAAUCUGGGUGAGGAUAUUUGCGGUAUGUGUGUAAAGCAGGAUGGGGGCUGUUUGGCUUCUUUCACAGAGCAAUUACUAUCGGUUAAGCUUAAUCAAUCACAAGUUGAUGCUAUUGAUUCUGUCAUCUCAGCUGUACAAUGUGGGCAUGUAAACCUCAUGAAGCUUAUAUGGGGUCCACCAGGCACUGGAAAAACCAAGACGGUUAGCGCUUUACUGUGGGUCUUGGCAUGUUUGAAAUGCAGAACUCUUACUUGUGCUCCCACAAAUGUUGCUGUUGUUGGAGUUUGCACUCGUUUCCUGGAAAACUUGAAGGAUUUCAAUGAGCACACUGACAACAUUGGUCUACCUUUUUCUCUUGGAGAUAUUUUGUUAUUUGGAAGUAGGUCUAACAUGGACAUCACAGAGGAUCUUCAGGAAGUUUUCUUGGAUUUUCGUGUCGAUGAACUUGUGGAAUGCUUUUCAUCGUCGUCUGGAUGGAACUACAGAAUAGCUUCAAUGAUAUCCUUUUUUGAAGACUCUGCUUCACGGUAUGAUAUGCUUCUUGAGGAUGAUGGCAAAAUUGAUCCAGUGUGCUUUUUGGACUUCGUAAAGAAGCAAUUUGAUGUGAUAGCAGUAGCUCUGAAAAGAUGCAUCAUGAAUUUGUGGGUUCACCUACCUGGGAGGUGCUUUUCUUGUGAUAGUGCCAUAAAUAUAUCUACAUUGCUUCAUAUGCUGGAAAAUUUUGGUGCUCUUCUGUGCAACGUAGACUUGACUGAUGAGGGCUUAAAAAGGGGACUUGGUUGCCUGUCAACUGUGAACUCUGUUUGUGCACAACCUGUAUCUUCUAUUGAGAAGGAACUAGAUGGAGCAAGGUCUUCAUGCCUUAAAUUGCUAAAGGAUCUGCUACACUCGCUUAAUUUACCCACUGGAGUAAAUAAAAACUGGGCCCAGAACUACUGCAUAUGUAAUGCAACACUUCUUUUCUGUACUACCUCUAGCUCUUAUCGGUUACAUCACAUGGAGAUUGCACCCUUCGAAGUAUUAAUUGUUGAUGAGGCUGCUCAAGUGCGGGAGUGUGAAUUGGUGAUCCCACUACGUCUGCGUUGGUUAAAACAUGUUGUUUUGGUAGGAGAUGACUGUCAGCUGAGUGCAAUGGUUAAAAGCAAAGUAUGCAAAGAAGCUGGAUUUGCGACAAGUUUAUUUGGGAGAUUGGUUAUGCUCAAAUUUGAUAAGCAUUUGCUGAAUAUACAGUAUCGCAUGAAUCCUUGUAUCAGCUUAUUUCCAAAUGCCCAGUUUUAUGAGAGGAAGAUUUUAGAUGGUUCCAAUGUUCUGUCUCCUAGUUAUAAUAAGGAUUACACAUGCCUCCCUUUUGGGAGCUACACGUUUAUAAAUCUCACUGAUGGAAGGGAAGACACAGAGGGCACGGGAAACAGCCGCAGAAACAUGGUUGAAGUUGCUGUUGUUUUGCACCUAAUCCAUACCAUCUUUAAAUUUUUUUCUGCAGCUUGGAAAAGGACAGACCAAGGGCUCAACAUCGGUGUGGUCUCUCCAUAUAAUGCUCAAGUUGAUGCAAUUAAAAAUCGACUUGGCCAAAAAUAUGAUACAUGUGAUGGCUUUCAUGUGCGAGUGAAGUCCAUUGAUGGUUUCCAAGGAGAAGAGGAUGAUAUAAUUAUACUAUCAACUGUUAGAUCCAACGAGAGAGGAGUUGUUGGAUUUCUUGCUGAUAACCAAAGAACAAAUGUUGCUCUUACUAGAGCAAGGCACUGUCUUUGGAUUGUUGGGAAUGCUCAUACACUUUAUAAAAGUGGGACUGAAUGGACAGACCUUGUUGCUGAUGCGGAGAGACGUAAAUGUAUUUUCAGUGCCACUAAUGACGCAACCAUCUGUAAGGUGGUUUUGCAAGUAAAGCAAGAGUUUGAUGAACUUGAGGAUCUUCUCAGUGCCGAUUCAGCGGUUUUCAGCAAUACAAGAUGGAAGGUCAUUCUUAGCCACGAGUUUAGAAAGUCUUUCACCAAACUAAAAUCACGACAGCUCAGGAAGGAAGUACUCCAAAAGCUUAUCAAACUUGGAGAUGGUUGGAGGACAACAGUCAAGAACCUUGACAUGCCUGGUGUUUCUUAUCUUGUAAAAGUAUACAAGAUCUGGGACUUGUAUCUUGUUUGGAGUACUGACAUUGAGAAAACCGAAAGAAGGUAUUCCCAGAUAAUAAGAAUUUGGGACCUACUGUCACAGCAAAAUGUUGCAAGAACUGUUCAACGUCUCGAGAAUCUAUUCUCCAUGUACACGGAUGAUUACCUGGAUCAUUGCAGGAGAGUGCAGACACAAGGGAAACUGGAGGUUCCUAUGGUUUGGGAUAUUGUGCAUGAUAUUAUCCGCUAUAACAAGGAUUGCAAAGCUGACGCUCAUGAAGAGCAUGAUUCCGUGGAUACAUCAUAUGGCAUGGAGAAUUCAAAAGUUAGUGAAAGCUUCCUGCUGAUGAAAUUCUACUUUUUAUCAUCUGGAAUGGCAAAGCAUUUGCUGACAGCUACUGAUGGGUCUGAAAUCAACAUCCCCUUUGAACUGACGGAUGAAGAGAAGGUGAUAAUUCAAUUCCCACUCACUAGUUUUAUACUUGGGAGGUCAGGCACUGGAAAAACCACUGUAUUGACAAUGAAACUGAUUCAAAAAGAGCAACAGUCAUUGAUUGCAUCCCAAGGUUUAAAUUUGGAUGGUGCUGAUUUAUCAGGGGUAGAUGACAAUAAUAUUAUGUUACCAAAGAAUGGAGGAGAAAGUUCUGUGAAACAAGUAUUUAUCACUGUAAGCCCAAAGCUAUGUUCAGCCAUAAAAGAUCACAUCUGCAGACUUAAAAGAUUUGGCAUCGGUGAUGUCUCUGACGAGUCUAGCAUUCUUCACAUGCAUGACAUCAUGGAUGACCUGGAAGAGUUUACAGAAAUUCCUGACAGUUUUUGUGAUCUACCUCACGGGUACUAUCCUCUUACUAUAACAUACCGUAAGUUUUUGAUGAUGCUUGAUGGAACAUGCCAGACAUCUUUUUUCGAUGCGUUUUAUGGUGAAAUGAAGUCUAGCUUUGAGAGAGGCCAUUCAAGAUCUCGUGCAGUGCAAACUUUUAUUGAAUUGAAGGAAGUUACCUACGAAAAAUUUGCUACUUCCUACUGGCCUCGUUUUAAUGCAGACCUGACAAAAAAAAUUGCUGCGUCCACUGUCUUCACUGAAAUAAUUUCUCAUAUAAAGGGCGCAUAUCAAGCAAGCAGGCCUUGUACUGGCAAACUGGAAAGACAAGAUUAUGUGAUGCUCGCUGAUAAAAGAUUUUCAUCUUUGAACAAUGAGAUGAGAGAUAGAAUUUAUGAUAUAUUCCUCGAAUAUGAGAGUAUGAAAUGCACUGCCAGGGAGUUUGAUUUGUCAGAUUUCGUCAAUAGUCUUCACAGUAGUCUUGUAUCUGAGGGCUACAAUGGAGAUAUGGUGGAUUUUGUUUACAUAGAUGAGGUCCAGGAUCUCACCAUGACACAAAUAGCACUUCUUAAGUAUGUCUGUAUGAACAUCAAGGAAGGCUUCCUUUUUGCUGGUGACACUGCACAAACUAUAGCAAGGGGUAUCGAUUUCAGGUUUGAAGAUAUCCGUUCACUUUUUUAUACUGCAUUCCUCGCAGAAACUGAAGCGUCUAAUGAAGGACUUAAACAUGGUGAAAGAGUCCAUCUCUCAGAUAUGUUCCAACUAUCUCAGAAUUUCCGUACACAUUGUGGCAUCCUCCGUAUGGCACAAAGUUUCAUGAGCCUUCUGUACUUCUUUUUCCCGUCAAGUGUUGACAAGCUUAAUCCAUAG